AUGUCGCGACACAGAUUUGUACGGAACAUUGAUGUCAAUGAGGAAAUGGACGACGAUUAUAUCUCAGACGGAGGGGAAGAUGAUCUCAGUCCUGAGGAUUAUGAUGGCUUGGAGCAUAUCCGCGCAACCUUGGGAGACGAACGGCAGUCCGCGCUCACAGACCAAGAAAUCAAGGACGCGUUGUAUGAAGCUUACUUCGAUGUCGAGCAAGCGAUAGCGGUCUUGUUAGAGAAACAAGAGCGAAAGUUUGUUGCACGAGAACGUCAAGAUGCGGACGGGAAGCCGCUUCCACUUCCGCCCCAGGACGACGACGGCGACUGGUCUUCUACGACGGACAGCACCUCGGGCCGUCACAACGUCCCAUUCGUGCGUCUAACGCAGAGCGACUACUUCUCUUCUUCGGACCAAGAAACCACGAGGGCCUCCGUGCGCCCGGGCACCCUCUACACUAUCACCGAACUCACGGAGCUUACGGAGGAUCCUAGGGGUUGGCGUCCUGUCUCGCAACAUACGCAGGCCGCUACCAAUCCCUACCUGCACCCUGGAGGCUCUCGCGCGACCCUAAUGUCAUCCGUAACCACUGAUUAUGGGCAGCUCAUCGAACGUCCGCCGCACCCUGAAGAACUAGCCGCGACUCCAUCGCUCUCUGCUCUUCAACGACUCUCGUUUGAGGAGGGCUCUGCGACCCCCACACCCAGGCGUACACCAUCCUCCUCUACCGAUACCAUCCCCGCUCCAAGUGCUUCGGGCGUCGUCCCCACAUUUGAGAAUUUGCCAGACAUUCCUGAUCUCAAGUCGAAGUCCAGCUUGCAACGGCCACUAGAUCCGUCUCAGAUGUCGCUUCUGAGCAAGUCUUCGCAGCGGACUACGGAGAAUGCGGGCAGUGAGAAGAAGUCGAAGUUGUCGGCCCUAGCUAGCUCAAGGUCCAGCGCCAGAUCCAGCAUAAGCUCAGUGAGCGCGCAGUCAUACAACACGGAGACAGCUUCCGAUGUGACCUACCCGGCUCUGCGACCGUCUGCUGCGUCCAUGAUGUCGCUGAAAUCGGAGAAGCGGCUGCCAUCCCGGCCAUCCACCAUCUCAGAAGAGUCGGACUCUACCCACCGGUCGUCCAUGUCAAGGGUCGUAAACGCGGCGCUCCAGUCGGCACUCGCAAUGGAGGCUAUGGAUCGAGAACCACCUACACCGAAGGAGCCAACCACUCUAUCUAUUCCAACCUCGCGCCCGCUCUCUGAACUGUCCAGCACCUCGACGGAAACGACUAGGCCUCCUUCGAAACCCAUAUCCCUCAAAGGACUUGCCCAUGCAUCCCCUCCACCCUCUGCACGCCGUUCAUCGCCGUCCGGUAGCCCCAUGCCACACCCCGCGGCUCCAUCUACAUCACCUGGACAGCCUCGUCAAUUGUCCAAGCUAGCGCGCCUCGCACAGGCCAAGGCUCAGGAGCAGAGUCAGACUGUCCAGUCUGCUGUUCCGGCGUACUCCCCGCCUGCCCUCAUACUGCCUCGCUCUCAUACGGAGUACCUCAUUCCUACUGCCAACGGGUCCUCGGCGACCACGGCCAUUACCACCUCGUACCAGUCACUGGGCAGUUUGCUCACGAAGGAUCAGUCUAAACUUCCUCCAUCGAUGCAAUACCCGACGUCUUCAAGUCCCAAGAAGCCGUCGGAGCCCAAACAGUCCAAGCUCGCCAUGAAGAGCAAGUCAGCGCGUACGAAGGUGGAGCCAGAGUCAGAGUUUUACACAACGCUAUCCCCAGUUGUGGAUGUGCCGAUAUUCUCGCCCAAGACAACUCGUUCGCGUGCGUCGCCGUCGGCCUUUGCCUCCGUGCUCACCGAUGACGACCUCCCUCUCCCUCAAGUCGGCGAUUUUUCGCCUCCGCAUCGUCAUCGCAGCAAGGCCGAACGAGAGCACAAGCACCGCAAAGAGCGCGGUGACCCGGAGAAGGUCAAGCGACACAAGCACAAGGAACGCGACGUAGUCCCACUUCCACCUGCGCCCCUCCCCUCUUUGCGCGGAUUCGCGUUCGAUGUACCAAGUCCGGACGACAUCGUCUUCAACGCACGGAGGGGAACCGCUUUGGGCCAGCGCCCAGCCUCCACCCAGUCGUCACUAUCUGUCGGGUCCACGCGAUAA